AAUUUCCUCCUUCCCUCCCUGGCCCGUCUCCUUAUCUUCCCCGGCUGGCUGGCCGGCUAUAAGAAGAGAAGGAAGGCGGCACCAAUUCUCCAUCCAUCCAUCUUGUCCACCAAAGGCAAACAGGAUUGAUUGAUUCCUUGAUUAAACAAAUCAAAGUUCCAGGGUAGAUCGAUUGAACCCAAGAAGAAGAUGGCUCCUCCAGCGGAAGUGGCAGCGGCGACCAACGGGCAGCAGAAGCCCAAGACACCGGCUCUGAACGAGCGGAUCCUGUCGUCCAUCUCCCGGAGGUCCGUGGCGGCGCACCCGUGGCACGACCUGGAGAUCGGCCCCGAGGCGCCGACCAUCUUCAACUGCGUGAUCGAGAUCCCCAAGGGGAGCAAGGUCAAGUACGAGCUGGACAAGAAGACGGGGCUCAUCAAGGUGGACCGGGUGCUCUACUCCUCCGUCGUCUACCCGCACAACUACGGAUUCAUCCCUCGCACGCUCUGCGACGACAGCGACCCCAUCGACGUCCUCGUCAUCAUGCAGGAGCCCGUCGUCCCAGGAUGCUUCCUCAGGGCAAAAGCCAUCGGGCUCAUGCCCAUGAUCGACCAGGGAGAGGCCGAUGACAAGAUCAUCGCCGUCUGCGCCGACGAUCCCGAGUACAGGCACUUCAAUGACAUCAAGGACCUCCCUCCCCACCGUCUCGCUGAAAUCAGGCGUUUCUUCGAGGACUACAAGAAGAAUGAGAACAAGGAGGUGGCUGUCAAUGACUUCCUCCCUUCAAAUGAUGCUUACGAGGCCAUUCAGCAUUCCAUGGAUCUUUAUGCUACCUACAUUGUUGAGGGCCUAAGGAGGUAGGCAUCUGCUGCCUUGUCGCUUGCUGGAAGAUGUUGACGAAAAAUUACUGUGGAUCCAGAUGUUACUUCAUAAACACAUAUACAUUCUUGUUUUCUGUUUCCUACAUAUAUAUAUACUCUAGUAUAUCAUGAGCUACAGCUCAUCUCAAGCCUGAAUUAAGGCACUAGGCCAGGUAAAGAAGGCAUUCUUUUUCCAGCUACCAUAUGUAAUAUUCUUGGCUGGUUGCGCUGAAUAUGAGAUUUAUGGUAUUUUUUUUUUA